GAUGCUGGAGCGUGCGCGUCGCGACGCCGGGCGGCCGCAGUGGAUAGUCGACAGCUGCUAGGGUCUAGCGGUGGAUCUGGGUACCUGUGCGCGGGGCACGGUGCAAGCGGUGCGGUUUUCAACCAUUUCGACGGACUGCAGAAGAGUAAGAUUCGCGUUGCAAAAAAAAAACACAACAACAACCGGUGCGUGCGGUGAUAACGCGGUGUGUGUGCUAUCAGCGGGACGCGCGUUUAGCAUUGCGUCGGCUACAAGCAUCACAUUCGUGUGCGCGAAAACGCGUGAACGUUUCGCGAGUCGAGAGUGCGGGAGGCCCGGGGAGGUUGAAAUAGAAAAAUUUCGCUGGACGCGCGUGUCGUGCUGUUCGAAAAAACUCACAGCGCAUGAGAGGGAAAAAAUUACUUGGUGAUUGUUUGUGAAGAUGAUUGAUGUCGGCGUGGGCAGGCGAUCCGCGUCAGUGUCGCGCGCCGUCGUCGUCGCGGGGGCGGGCGGCGCCGCCGAGCGUCCGGCUGAGCGGCGGUCGCGCGAAAUGGCGUGAUGUCAACAGCGAAACGGCUCGUGUUGAGCUGGAGAGGCCGCAAGCAGUCGCAGGACAGCACCGCCGUCGGUAAGCUGGUCGGCCACGGCGGCGGCGGCGGCGGCAUCGCCACCCUGACGCCCACCGACGGGCACGAGCUGGACGAGAUCGCCGUCGUUUCAAGCAACGCCGAUCCGUGCCACGUCAAGUAUGGCAGCGGCCCGCUGUCAACCAUCAACGGACCCAGAUUGGUUCCAGGCAUCAUCACAUCCGGCGGCGCGCGGCUGGUCGGCGAGCGCUACACCGGCAGCGGGACCCGGCUGGAUGUGACCUCUCCCGUGCAAUCCUCCGCCCCGGCCACCGUAGGACCCAAGUCUAGUACUGAAAGUGUUCAUAGAGCCCUCAAGUCUGUAUCUAGACAAAGCCUUUUCGAUUUAGUAAGUUGUAAAUUAGGGAUGUCGAAGAGCCAACACCAGACGCCCUCGUUCAACCAUCAGCGGUACUUUUCGUCGUCACACGAUAGUCUCUCGACAGCGUACGGCACGCGGGCGACAAACGUCAGUUCGGCGGCGUCCGAGUUGGACCUGUCGAGAAAAACACGCCGGAAGGACCUCAGGGGCAGGCUGAAGCUGCCGGCGAACGUGGCGCUGGCGAGCAGCGGCGAAGCGCCCUUGUUGGGCGGAUGGCGGACGACGCCCGGCUCCACGGCGGGCACCAAUCCGCCAUCGUACAAUCACCUCAACUCGACGAGUAGUUGUAACGGCACCGAAAGUCGUUAUGGUUUUCGUCGAGGCGAAUCCAUCAACUCACGACUGAGAUCUGGUGCUGCAAACUGGUCGUUUGUGUUUGACCCAGCAGGGCGACUAUGUUACUACUGGUCGAUGGUUGUUUCCUUAGCGUUCCUCUACAAUUUUUGGGUCAUCAUAUAUCGCUUUGCUUUUCAAGAAAUUAACAGAGAAACGAUACUAGUGUGGUUCUGCCUGGACUACUUCUCGGACUUUCUCUAUCUCAUCGACAUCAUGUUCCACUUUCGUACCGGCUAUCUGGAAGAUGGCGUACUGCAGACCGACUCGACGAAGCUGCGCAACCAUUACAUGAACUCGACGACGUUCUACAUCGACUGCUUGUGCCUACUGCCGCUGGACUUCCUCUACCUGUCGAUCGGCUUCAACUCGAUCCUGCGCUCCUUUCGCCUGGUAAAGAUCUAUCGCUUCUGGGCGUUCAUGGACCGCACCGAGCGCCACACCAAUUAUCCAAACCUCUUCCGUUCCACCAGUCUUAUCCAUUAUCUGCUAGUGAUCUUCCACUGGAACGGCUGUCUGUUUCACAUCAUUCAUAAAAACAACGGUUUCGGGUCUAAAAACUGGGUGUUCAGUGACGCCGAGAGUGCCGACGUGGUCAAACAGUACCUGCAGAGCUACUACUGGUGUACGCUGGCGCUGACGACCAUCGGGGAUCUGCCGCGGCCGCGCAACAAGGGCGAGUAUCUCUUCGUUAUACUGCAGUACCUCUUUGGAUUGAUGCUCUUCGCCACUGUGCUGGGGCAUGUCGCCAAUAUUGUCACCUCCGUCAGCGCUGCCCGCAAGGAGUUUCAGGACAACUCGGCAAUAUCUAAGCUGGACGGCGUCAAGACGUACAUGCGAAUGCGGCGCGUGCCCAAUCAUCUGCAGGUGAAGGUCAUCAAGUGGUUCGACUAUCUGUGGCUUACGCAGAAGUGUUCGGACGAGGAGCGCGCCGUCUCCUGUCUGCCCGACAAACUGAAAGCCGAGAUCGCCAUCAAUGUUCAUCUGGACACACUCAAGCGUGUCGAGAUCUUUCAGAACACCGAGGCGGGCUUCCUCUGCGAGCUGGUGCUCCGGUUACGGCCGGUUUUGUUUUCGCCAGGGGAUUACAUCUGUCGAAAGGGUGAAGUCGGUAAAGAAAUGUAUAUAGUAAACAGGGGGCGGCUGCAGGUGGUGGCAGACAACGGCCGCAGCGUGCUGGCCACGCUGAAGGCGGGCAGCUACUUCGGUGAGAUAUCAAUUCUAAACAUGGGCACGGCAGGUAAACACCUUGGAAAUCGUCGCACGGCGAGUGUCCGGUCGGUGGGCUACAGCGAUUUGUUCGUGCUGAGUAAGAAGGAUAUGUGGGACGUUCUCAAGGAGUAUCCGGCGGCGCGCGUCCGCCUGGAAGCCAUCGCCGUCAAGCGGCUCGAGAAGUACAAACGCGCUCCACUGGAAAAAGCCGCGAUGGGCAGAAGCCAGUCGACGCCCGGGCUGGUGGAAUCGCGCGGUAAAGUACCGCUGGAGGAGAUGUGGGUGCCAUCGGGGCUUGCGGGGCUGACGCCCUCGUACCCGCGCUCGCUGCUUGGCUCGCCGCCGCGGCCGGCGCCCGACUCGCCCGGCGGCUCGACCAGCAGCGGCCGCAGCAGGCACCACACGCCGGCGUCGCAGGCGCGCUCAGAACCGGCGUUGGUUGCAGGCACGACGCUGCAGUGUGACAGCAUGACGCAGCUGGUGUCGGGUGCGGCGACGCCGCUCCUCGGCUCGCAUGAGGCGCUGGAGUCGGAGAUCAAGCGGCUGCGCGAGCGGCUACACACGGUGGAGACGGAGAAUUCGGCGAUGAGUGUCAAGCUCAACCAGCAGCAGUGGGAGCUGGAGAAUCGGCUCGCCGAGAUCGAGAUGCAGAUCUGCGGAUCGCGCUCGACGAGCAGCCUGGAGGACAACGACAACGAGCGCAACAAGGAGAGCAUCAUUUAACAACAGCCGGAGCGGUGCACGACUGCGGCGGCGGCGGAGCGGCGCGCGACUGUGGCGGCGGCGUCCUCCGUCGCGGUCGCGCAUUGAUCGGCGGGCCCCGGCGCGCCGCUUGUACAUAAAACGACUGCCAACACUAUCCCCGCGACGGACACGUUCACAUUCUUUCCGCAUCCGGCGAAGAGUAUAUCAGAGGCGAAAGGAGACGUCUGCAUGUGUGUCAUCUUUACUUUUAGGAACAAUAUUGCAUUCGACGCUGUACAGGUUGAUUCAAGAUUACAAUCAUGAAUCGACCCGUACCUGUGCAAAACCAUCACCAAAUAACCCUUGUGAGUGAAGAUUAAAAAAAAAACUGAUAGCAAAUUUACUUUUCGGUGCUAGACGACGCCGCACGUCACUAGCCGUUGUAAGAGACAGAGACUAAUUAUUAGUCAGAAACUAAUCGGUGUGCUGUGUAAUGUAUGUGUGUGCACGUGCAUGUUGUGCUAAAUUGUACAGAAAUGGAUGCCACUAGCCUCCGGCCAGCCGUACCACGAACCCCAGCCGUAACAAACGAGAACCUGAAGAGUAACACAAACAAACACAAACAAAAUCGCCAACACAACAUUUGUACAUAGUUAUUAUUAACGCAUCCACCGAACACGAUUAUAUCAAUCAAUAUGCCUAAUAUUGACGUUCGUUUUACGGGUAUUCGCCAAAAUGUAAACGCACAACACUCGAUGUUGAUGUGUGUCAUCGCAUAUAUUAAAUUUUCGGAGCGUGUGAAACGGUUGUAGAAGAAAGAUUCCGCAUGUACACAAUCGCGUGUGUGUAUUAUUAUUACUAUUAUUAACAUUAUUCAUUGAUUAUUAGAGUUUCUGAAAAGAUGUCUAAAUCCAAGUUCUAGUUCUUCGAUCACUCGACGUGCAACUUCUGUUUGGGCAAAGCUUUUGAUUUAUGGUAUGUCAAAAAUUUGAAUGCGCGUACAAUUGGUGAUAUGAUAGUCGGCUUUAAAUAAUAAAAUCCCGCUUUGUAAUUAAACCUGAAAGAAACAAAAUGUUUUACCAAUAUAACAUUAUUAAACAAAGCAAAUGAUAAAUUUUCAUAUUUAACUACCGAAUAACAUGAUAAUACCUACCAUUAAAACGAGAAGAGAUAAAAUUUAAAAAUAAAUAAAUAAUAUACGUAUAUUUUCAAAACGAAACAAAGGUUUAUAACUAACGUAAAUAAUAAAUAACAAAAAAUAAGUACGAGGUACGAAUGAUAAAUGUAAAUUGAUGAUAAAGUAAUAAAUUUGUAAAUUAGACGAUUUAAAACUGGCGGCGAUACGAGUUGAACGGUUUGAACAAGGAUUGGAGGCGAGAGCACACGCGCGACAGAAGAAAGAGAGCGGUUCGUAUAUGCAGGGACCAAUCUAAUCCUGAUUUUAUAUUUAUACCAUGUAUAAAUCUUUCAAAUUAACGAGCGGCGCAAACGUGGUAAUAAACUUUCAUUGCUUCGAAUUGCAUAAACCAUUACAUCACAUAAAACAUGAAAUAACAUAACAUCACAAACGAUUAACGCCAUUUAUAUUUGGUUGCGGUUAUUGUUUGGUGCUUCCAAAACUCAAACAGUCUACAUUUAUGUUACAAAUAAGAAAAAAUAAAUUGUUAGUAUGUUAUUGACAGGAGGAGCUUUGAAAAUGUCAAUUAAUGUAAACCAACAAAAAUAUUCUUUUUAUAUCAUUCUUUUGUUUGACACAUCUAAAUCAACCAAUACUUAUAUUUUUAAAUUACUUUAAGAACGGUUAUGUUUGAAUAUUGCACUAGAAUGAUGUAAAAACAACUGCCAAAAAUGUUGUAAAUGUAAGUUAAGAAAAUUAGGUGAAAAUUACUUCGCAUUGAAAUCGAGAUAAUAAUCACGCGCGCGACAACCUUCCAAAACUUGUAAAAUCACCGUUAACUCUUAAAAACGAAUAAUCCGAAAUCAUUACAACCGCCAAAUCAUCAAAUUUGAAUGAAUUUGCAUCUCAUAGGAUGCAGAGGUUGAGCCGAGCGAAUCGAAGGGUCAAGACAAUUAUUUAGUUCGUAGAUUUCUAAAAACAAACCGACGUUAUUUGUAAAAACAAAUUGAGACUCGAGUCGAAAUCGUAUGUCGAAUGCCACGAAAUAAUCCAAAAACCACCUUAAGUCUAACUAAAUACUACUACCAUGUAAUUUUCUAGCGCGUUCUAGUAGAGUUUAUAAACUUACUACUUAAGGAUAUAAUUGAAAUUAAGAUUGGUAAUGGAUAAAAACAAACAUGUACGAAUUAGUGAAAACAAACAAAAACACCCGCCGUUUAAUCCCCAAAUGAAAACAAACUAUAUGAGAAUGAAGAAACACUAAAAUUCGCUUUAAACUUGUAAAUCUCAUUUUGUUUAAGAUGAUUAUGUUUUGUUCGAGUAUUAAACUCUAAAGAGUAUUGUCGAGCAUUGCUGAAGACAAUGUGUAUAAGGUUUUGAAUCGGUUCACGCGGUAAUAGAAUGUAAGAAAUGAAUGAAAUUACUAGUUAACAAUACAACCCAGUGAGACCAAAUAUUUUUAAGCGAAAAAAUAAUAACAUGAAUGAAAUUGUAUUUGAUGACGGGACAGCGACAUACGAAACAUUUCCAUAAUUCCUAAAUAUUGUAUUAUUUUGUUCACAACUUGUUUACCUUUUUAUCGCCCAGGAAUAAAAACAACAAACGAAUGAACACAAGAUUGUAAAACGCUAGUCGGUCAAUUUUAUCACUCGCAAAAUUUUUAAACAAAACAGCUUGACUCGAACAGUAAGAAAAGGCACGAAACAAAUUCGAAUAAUAUAAAUAUGUUACGUAUGUUAUUGAUAUUGUAAAGAAGAAAAUGAUUACGAUAGAAAAUAUUUGUUGCUAUAUUGAUAUAGAUAUAUUAUGAUUAACAUUGUGACAAAUGAACAAAUUGUGACUUUGCUUGUUUAUAACGAAAUAUUUGUCUAUUAUGAUUGCGUACUUUGGAUGAUUUCGUCAGAAGGCGUAUUGUAUUGCUGAUUAUGAUGAAGAAGAUGAAAAAAGAAGAAUUACUCUCACAAUGAAACAAAUGUCUUAUGAUAUAUACAUGAAUCGAUUAAACACAAAAAAAUCACCAGCAUUGUUAAGCUCAUCAAUAAUUAUCAAUUCAAUCAACUAAACAAAAUUUCUGUUUAUACCAAUUAGAAAACAAAAGAAGCAAAAGGAACUCAUAUCAGGCAUGGAAUUUCACGUAUUCAUAUUGGGUUCUAGAUCAGUUUAUCGCAAUUAUCAUGUGCAUACCAAUAAUACGACGACGAGAUUAUUUCGAUCGGAUGAAUUUAAUAUUUGUAUAGUGCUAGCAAAUGUGAGCGGGCGAAGAAGAUUGGUCGAAAUUUUGACAUUCAGUGGCAAAGUCUGUAAAUUGUCAAGCUGUACAGAUGUCAUCUGAUGUGUGGAAAUGUUAUUUUCGUGCGUACACGAGAAUAUGAGAAACACAAUAACGCAUUUUGCCCUUUAUAGCUAAUUCCAAAGGAUGAAAAAUACAAUUCCACGAAUUUUGUCAUUGUUAUUCCUAAAUAUUUAAUAUAAUUCCCAUUAAUAAAGAAUUUAAUUCUAUA